GAAGAUCUGCUUUUCUUCUAGCUCUUUCGAUAUCCUUCAAUGAAGUGUUUUGACUAUUUCAUGGACAAGUUUAUAAACAAGGGGCAAAGUUCUGCCUCAGAUUCGAAAGAAAGAAAAUCCGAUGGAUAUUCAUCAUUCCUGGCAACGCCUCCACUUAGUAUACCGGAGUUGACCGCAGCAAAAGCUCGCAGUUUGAGGGUCUUCUCUUUCUCUGAGCUUAGAGAAGCCACCCGUAAUUUCAAUCGGCGAAUUAUGAUUGGCGAAGGCGGCUUUGGGAAGGUCUACAAAGGUAAAAUCAAGGCUGCUGAAGGGAAGGGUGUGCCUUUGGUGGUUGCUAUUAAGAAACUUGAAGAGAAUAGUUUUCAGGGACAUAGGGAAUGGUUGACAGAAGUUCGUUUUCUCAGAGUUCUCGAGCACCCCAAUGUCAUCAAACUCAUUGGAUAUUGUGUUGUAGAUGGAGAAAGAGACAUCCAGUGUCUUUUGGUGUAUGAGUUUAUGCAAAAUAAGAGCUUAGCAGACCAUCUUUUCAAUCACGAGUUCCCACCUCUUCGCUGGAAAACAAGAUUACAAAUAAUACUUGGAGCGGCACGAGCAUUAGCAUACCUGCACGAGGAAUUAACAGUUCAGGUAAUACAUCGAGACUUCAAACCCAGCGAUGUGUUAUUGGAUGAGAAGUUUAAUCCUAAGCUUUCGGACUUUGGGUUGGCAAGGGAGGGGCCAAUGGCUGGGGAUUCGCAUGUUUCAACACGAGUAAUGGGGACUUACGGUUAUGCUGCUCCUGAAUACAUCAUGACCGGACAUCUGUCAUGUAAGAGUGAUGUAUGGAGUUUUGGUGUGGUGUUAUAUGAGAUUCUUUCAGGUAGGCGGUCCACAGAUGUCAAGCGCCCAAUAUCAGAGCGGAGUUUGGUGGAAUGGGUGAAACGGUUCCCUGCUACCCGUCAAAGGAUUAGAUUUAUAAUGGAUCCUCGACUUGAAAACCAGUAUUCGAUUGAUGCAGCUAAUAAAAUUGCUAAGUUGGCAGAUACUUGUUUAUCAACAAGUCCCGAGGAUCGGCCCAAGAUGAGUGAGGUGGUGAAAAGACUAAUGCACAUAAUCAGAGUUUCAGAGAAAAUGAAGAAUCAUCGUGAGGCAUCUGAAACAGAAGCAGCUGAAACAAUAUCGGAAUCUUUGAAGCGGAAGAUGCCACACAUUGCAGAGGAAAGUGAGAAAGAUGAAGACAUAAACGCGUUACGAGCCAUUAAAUAUGCAUUAGAGAGCUUGUUAAAAGCUGAAAGGAAGGGGAAAGCUUUAUUGAUUAUUGAAUCAGACUCAGCUACUGCAGUUAAAUGGAUAGAGGAUGAUGAGUCCAGACCCAGUAAGUUGUGGCGUAUGCUCAUGGAUAUUGACUCUCUUAUUUCUCAAAUUGGUACUGUUGUGUUCAAUAUUCUUUCUAAAAGAAACGAACACCAUUGAAGAUUGUUUGGUGAAAGAUGAAGUUGUAAGAUCUCCUAAGUUGUGUGCUUGGUGGUGAAAUCUAGGUAGUAACAUUGAUCCUGCUAUGA